UUAGGGUGCUGCUUACACAUCUUUGGACUACUACUUACCCACAAGAUCCAGGGCAUUCACAAUGAGCAUUAGUGAAAACGACGUGGAGAAGUUUCUUGAUGGCAACCCUGCUUUCGCCAAGCAGUAUUUUGAGAAGAAGCUAAAAACAGAGUCCUGGGAUAACAAUGAGAGUGAAAUACUUUUUGAGUUGAUCCAAGACAUGCAAGAAAGCAUCAACAUGGAGAAAGUUGUUUUCAAGACCUUGAGAAGAAUCAGGUCCCUUAUCCAUGCUGACCGCUGCAGUCUCUUCAUGUACAGGCAGAGAAAUGGCACUCCUGAACUCGCAACAAGGCUUUUCAACAUCCAGGAGGGAAGUACUCUGGAGGAAUGCCUGGUCUCCCCAGACUGCGAGAUUGUCUAUCCGCUGGACAUAGGCAUCGUGGGCCAUGUUGCUCAGACCAAGAAAACCAUGAACAUCAAGGAUGUCCAUGAGUGUGCCCAGUUCAGCCCAUUUGUUGAUGAGCUCACAGACUACACUACAAAAAACAUCCUUGCAACACCCAUCCUGAAUGGCAAAGAUUUGGUUGCUGUCAUUGUGGCUAUAAAUAAGCUGAAUGGUCCACACUUCACCAGCUCUGAUGAAACACUUUUUCUGAAGUAUCUGAAUUUUGCAUCCUUGAACUUGAAAAUUUAUCACUUGAGUUAUCUUCACAACUGUGAGACUCGAAGAGGCCAGGUUCUGUUGUGGUCAGCUAAUAAGGUUUUCGAGGAACUGACGGACAUUGAGAGGCAGUUCCACAAGGCUUUUUAUACGGUGAGGGCAUACCUGAACUGUGACCGGUAUUCGGUCGGUCUCCUGGACAUGACAAAGCAGAAGGAAUUUUUUGACCUGUGGCCAGUCCUGUUGGGAGAAGUACCUCCCUACACAGGACCUCGAACCCCGGACGGCAGGGAAAUAGUCUUUUACAAGGUCAUUGAUUAUAUAUUACAUGGAAAAGAAGACAUUAAAGUCAUCCCAAAUCCUACCCCGGAUCACUGGGCACUAGUUACUGGACUGCCUGCCUAUGUGGCUGAAAGUGGAUUUAUUUGCAACAUUAUGAAUGCUGCUGCAGAUGAGAUGUUUAACUUUCAGGAAGGUCCUCUAGAUGAAUCAGGAUGGACUAUCAAAAACGUUCUCUCCAUGCCAAUAGUGAAUAAAAGGGAAGAAAUUGUUGGUGUUGUCACAUUUUAUAACAGAAAAGAUGGGAAACCGUUUGAUGAACAGGAUGAAACCCUCAUGGAGUCCUUGACGCAGUUCCUGGGUUGGUCUGUGCUCAACACAGACACAUAUGAUAAGAUGAACAAGUUGGAGAACCGAAAGGACAUUGCUCAGGACAUGGUGCUCUACCACGUGAAAUGUGACAAGGAUGAAAUCCAGGAAAUUCUGCCAACACGGGAAAAGCUGGGGAAGGAGCCAAGUGAGUGUGACGAAGAGGAGCUGGCAAGCAUUCUGAAGGAAGAACUCCCAGGACCCACUAAGUUCGAAAUCUAUGAGUUCAGGUUCUCAGAUUUUGACUGCACUGAGCUAGAGCUGGUGAAGUGUGGCAUUCAGAUGUACUAUGAGCUUGGCGUGGUGAAAAAGUUCCAGAUCCCACAGGAGGUUCUGGUAAGGUUUGUGUACUCCGUCAGCAAAGGCUACCGGAAGAUAACUUACCACAACUGGCGUCAUGGCUUCAAUGUAGCACAGACCAUGUUCACGCUCCUGAUGACUGGCAAACUGAAGCGUUACUACACUGACCUUGAAGCCCUUGCAAUGGUAACUGCGGCUCUGUGCCAUGAUAUUGACCACAGGGGAACCAACAACCUCUACCAAAUGAAAUCUCAAAACCCUUUAGCUAAACUUCAUGGAUCCUCUAUUUUAGAGAGACAUCACUUGGAAUUUGGAAAAUUCUUGCUCUCUGAGGAGUCACUGAAUAUAUGCCAGAACCUCAACCGCAGACAGCAUGAGCAUGUGAUUCACCUGAUGGAAAUUGCCAUUAUAGCAACAGAUCUGGCACUCUACUUCAAAAAGAGAACGAUGUUUCAAAAGAUCGUUGAUGAGUCUAAGACUUAUGACAGUGUGACUGCCUGGACUGAAUAUCUGUCUCUGGAGACGACAAAGAAAGAGGUUGUCAUGGCCAUGAUGAUGACUGCCUGUGACUUGUCAGCUAUCACAAAGCCUUGGGAAGUCCAGAGUAAGGUAGCUCUACUGGUAGCUGCUGAGUUCUGGGAGCAAGGAGAUUUGGAAAUAAGCGUCCUUCAGCAACAGCCCAUUCCCAUGAUGGACCGAAGGAAAGCUGCUGAGCUUCCAAAGCUUCAAGUGGGUUUCAUUGACUUUGUGUGCACAUUUGUCUAUAAGGAAUUUUCCCGUUUCCAUGAGGAAAUUCAGCCUAUGCUUGAUGGGCUGCUGAACAACAGAAAUGAGUGGAAGACUCGUGCUGACGAAUAUGAUGCAAAAGUUAAAGCUCUGGAGGAAGAGAAGAAAAAAGAAGAAGAAAGAAUGGCUGCAAAAAGAGGUGAAAUAACAUGCAAUGGAGGAACAGCUCCAGCUUCCAAAACCUGUAGCAUACUUUAGACCUAUUCUCACUGCAAGAUAUGCCACACAAAAUGAGGAUGCCCAUAAUUAAAAAAAAACAACAAAAAACAACAAAAAAACCUCAACCAAGCAAAAAAAAACCCAAACAAAAAACAAAACAAACAAAAACCAAAACAAAACAAAAAAAAUCAUGGCAUACAAAUACAUUCCUAAUAGGACUAUUCUGAUAAUUUAUUAGGCUUGUGACCAACCAGGGAAGGGCUAGAACUUGUUUGCCUUAAUUGCAUCUCUUCCUGAAGGUAGGGUGCCAGUUCUGUCCUGUCUUCUGUCCUCCAUUUAAUGCACCUGAUGUCAGAUGGCAUGUGACAAAUCAGAACAACAUUUGGCCUGAUAAAUCAGGUUGCAAGAUUUUGGAAGAGUGUUUUUCCUACACUGGAACACUUCCUACCCCAAAGCUGAUGGGGAUAAUCCUGCUCCAUACAACCUCAUGAAACUGACAAUGAAUGCAACCAUAGCCUGCACAGUGGAAAAAAUGAAGAAGAGAUAAAGGUAUCAUACCUAAGUCUGUAUCUGUCAGGAUAUCAAAAAGAAACCUGAGUGUAAGGAAAAAGCAUGAAAACAGACCAUAGUAAAUAUUUGAACUGCUCUAAAAUGUUACUAUUCCAUGUAAAUCCAAGAAACACUCUGACAGAUAAUAGAUAUGCACUCACUUCAAGAAUCUGGAUAGGUUGCUAUCCCAAAGCAUGGAGCUAUUCAUGCUACACACAGUAGCUGCCUUCUCCAGGAGCAGGAUCCACACUGUGUGCUAAUUGAAGCUUCAUUCUUUCAUGUGUCAUUUUAAGAAGACGGUGUUAUCAUUAUCCAUUACGGUUCCUCUUACAAUUAACCAAGCAACUUGAGUUAUGACAUCUUACAAAUUUGUUCUGUUUUGCCUCAUAAUGCCACAUAAUGAUCAGAACCAACUGUCCUUCCUUUCCUCCUCCUGUUUUGACAUGUCUGAUUUUUAGAUUAUAUUUCAGACUUGUGACUCUUAUUUUAGAUGAAAAUUACUUUUCAUGUUUAUUCAUGCAAAAAUAGAACAUUCAAUUACACUCUUGUAGUAGUAGAGACACCCUCAUGUCCUGCUCCAACUCCCCUCCCCCUCUUUCUUUUUAAAAAUUGUUUGGAGAUCUGUUUUGCUGGGGAUUUUCUUCUUCUCUUAC